AUGCGCAAACGCAACGCUCGCAAACCCGUCGAACCGAAGCUCUCCACUGUUCUGGCGUCGAUACUGCUGUCAGCAAAGGGUUUCACUCGGUGCUUCAGGGUAUCAGGUCUUGCGAGUGGCAGGGGAGGACUGCAGGCGAGCAGGUCGCGUCCCAUUCGACUUGCAGCUAUGACUGCAUCGAGCAUCCUACCGCCUCCUGGUCCAGUCACGCCUCUGCGGAGGUCAUCUGGGCGAGCAGGCAGAGCCGAAGUAUCAUAUGCCGAGCUGAGCGAGUAUGAUGCUGCGAGCAUGAGCGCUAAAGCCGCGCCUGUCACGCCAGCCCAACCCGCGAUGGACGAAUCGAUGGUGACGCCUUACUCGCAAGAAACCUCGCGAGUCUAUGUCGAUGAUACGCCUGCUUCCACGAUGGCUUCUUCGCCUUCCAGCAGCCGAGGCGCUUCUCCCAUGACGCCCGUCAAAGAAGAAGAGCUCAAUAUCCAAGUCGACAUUCAGCUCGAUGAGAGCGCGGUCGCACCUGCGCCGAAGAAAGCGCGUAAGCCGCGGGCAAAGAAAGUCAAAGCAGAGGCUGUCGAAGCUGCACCUGGCGAGGAGAUGGCUGCAGCGGCGGAUGACCCACUCAAGAAGCCGACUCGCAAGCGCAAAGCGAAAGAUGUCAAGCCUGUCAUUGAUGGCGCGGCAUCUGACGACUCUGCACUCACGCCUCUGUCCGGCGAAGACGAAAAGCCAAAGAAGACAAAGAAGGCGCGCAAGCCGAGAGCGCCGAAGCCUGAGCCAGUAUAUGACAUACCUGACCUGCUGCCCGAGCAAAAGAAGACGACGACUUUCAAGGGCAGGUUAGGCUACGCAUGUUUGUGUACUGUCAUGCGCAACAAGAAGCCCGAUCCAGUGUUUUGUGCUCGUACUUGCCGGAUUGACACGAUCAAGAAAGAAGGAAUGGACUACCUCAAGGAGAUUGGCAGACAGAACAUGCGCGAUCUCGCCGAGCUUAUAGAAUGGAACGAGCAGCAUCAUAUUCGCUUCCUCAGACUGUCGUCAGAGAUGUUUCCGUUUGCAUCUCAUCAAGAGUACGGCUUCACGCUCGAGUUUGCAGACGAAGAGCUCAAAGCUGCCGGCGCGCUGGCCAACAAGUACGGUCAUCGCUUGACAACUCAUCCUGGGCAAUUCACUCAGCUCGGAUCGCCAAGGCCUAACGUUGUGGAGAACGCUGUACGCGAUCUGACGUAUCAUUGCGAAAUGUUGGACCGUAUGGGCAUGGGCAAAGAUUCCGUCAUGAUCAUCCACGGUGGCGGGGUCUACGGCGACAAGGAAGCUGCUCUAGCUCGAUUCCGGGUCAACUAUCGCGAGAAGCUAUCGCAAAACAUCAGAGAUCGUCUCGUGCUAGAGAAUGACGAGAUUUGCUACAAUUGCGAUGACUUGCUGCCAAUGUGCGAAGAGCUCGGCAUCCCACUCGUACUCGACUAUCACCACGAUUGGAUCUACCCGUCUUCACAGCCCGUCUCUGAGCUCAUCCCACGCAUCCAGAAGCUAUGGGAUGCGAAAGGCAUCAAGCCCAAGCAGCAUCUUUCUGAGCCGCGACCGGGCGCAGUGAGCAUCAUGGAGCGGCGCGCGCAUGCCGAUCGAUGUCAGACUCUGCCGGCCGAUUUGCCAGACGAUAUGGACCUCAUGAUCGAAGCGAAGGACAAAGAGCAAGCCGUAUUCCAUCUGUUCCGCGUCUACGAUCUUGCUCCCACAAUCUACAAGUCACUGCGGCCUCCUGCCGAAGUCGAGACACUCCGUACAAACGGUCGAAAGUCACAUUCACCGAAAAAGAAGGCUAAGGUCGAAGCAGAAGAAGGCUUGGAAGAUCCAGAAGCUGCGCUCGAUGGUGAUUCGGCAGCCGUCGACGGUGUUGCUCCUUUGCCCGAGCCUGCCGCUCUGGAAGGAGCCGAAGAGACUGCAAAGCCAAAACGGAAGCGCGCUUCGAAAGGCAAGGGCAAAGCCAAAGCUGACGAGGUACCGCCUGCCGAAGCGAAGCCUGCUGAAGCAGAGCUGGUCGAAGAGCAGACCGAGCUGCAGCCUGAGGAGGCGAAACCCAAAAGGAAGCGCGCGCCACGCAAGAAAGCACACAAGAAGACUGCAGCGGCCGAAGAGCCGCUAGCUGCGCUCGAGCAAGCGAGUGUUGCUCCUGCCGCGAUACCGGCAGAUACAGAGAUGCAGCCAGCAUCGCUUGCAGCAUAA